AGAAAUACACCCAAGUGAAAUGAACAACCCUGGCUCAAAAUAAAAGUCCAUAGAGCCAGAGUGUCACAGAUAAGAGGAGCUGCAUACCUGCAGUUAAGCACCCCUGUGGAAGACUCCAGCCAACAAACCAAAUAAACAUAGCCUAUCACGUCUGUCCACACAACCGCUGUCCGUGGCAAGUAAGUCCCUCCCCUACCAGCACAACGUAGAGCAAGGUGAGUUAAAGGGGAAGUUUGGGACCAUGGAUUACAGUUUCUCCUGGCCUAUAGACUACUUUCAAGGUGAGGAACAUUAAGUUGUGAAAUAUUGAACUUCCCCUUUUAACCUGUGGCUUUGUGAUUGGCAGGUGGUGUUUGUGGAUGAUGCUGGUGCGGAGCUGUGUAGCGGGGUGAUCCUAGGGCGUCAUGCAGUCCUGACAUCAGCUAGCUGCCUGUACAUGGGAAAGAAACUCCACAGCAUGCAUACAGGUGCCUCAAAUAAUAGUGUGAGGAUCCCUCUAUCGACCCAACUGUACAUUCACAACCGCCACAAGAGGGGCAGUCUGGAGGACGACCUGGCCUUGGUGAGACUAAAUGAGCCCUUCCCCUUCGGCCCCUCUGUCUCCCACCUGUGCCUGCCCACUAAGGAUUUCUGUGAGAAUGUGUUGAUGAGUCCAGGAAGGGAGGGGGUGGCCAGGGGUCCGGACAAACUCCGGGGGGAAUCCCACGGCCACCCUGUUCUCUCCUACCUGCAUGUGGAGGGCUGUCAAAACCAGGUGAACUUCUCCCAGCUGCUCAGUAACAAGAUGUUCUGUAUGGGUCGCCAAAAGUGCUUCUGUCGGACUGAGUUGACUAGGUUUAAUGAGACAGACCUCAAACCAGGACUAACGAGGAACCGCAGCCUCUUGUCCGGGACCCCCGUUGUGACUGUGGAGAGGCAUACAGCGUUCCUCACAGGCCUGCUCCUUUCACCACCCACAUCACAUGACUGUGGACAAACCCUGGUGUUCACAAAGCUGUCUCGCUACUUGCACUGGAUCCAGCAGCACCUGGACAUGACAGAGGUGAGGAUGACACCACAAAUUACCCAAGAUCCACCUGGACCUUAUGGGGUAACCCCAACCUAGGGUUAGCCUGAUCCCUACCUGCACUGGACUUAAAGCCAACAGGGCUGCGUUCAAGAUUGAAGUUGUUUCUGCAAGGUUAACAAUGUAAAUGAGUGUAGUUAUAUUGUAACGUGUACUAUAAUUAUAUACAAUUAUUAAUCUCCCACACUUCCUUUAUAAACAAAAAUAUUGUACAAGGAGUACAAACAAUCACUUUUAUUCCAAAAUCACAAAAUAUGACAAAAUAAAAUGCAACCUAAAUAAUAAGGAAA